CGCGUCCGCCAUGUGUUCCGUGCGCCUCCCUGCUGCCAGCAAAGAGCAGGACACUGUGAAACACUCCGGGAAAAUAAUACGAAGUGAACAUCUGCGUCCCGGACUAAUAGAUCUCCUUACAUGCUGACUGUUGAUAAAUACUAGACGAGCGUCACGAGCUCCUCUCGCGGACACACGGAGCUGUUUUCUGGGAUACAGUCGCAUCACCCGGAGCCGGUCAGAGUUGUGUCAGUCACCCAUGAGAACUGACCGCUGAAGUGUGUGUGUGUGUGUGGGGUUCUGACCCUCUUUAGGGAUGUGUCAUGGCAUCGGUUCGGGUGGCAGUGCGGGUCCGGCCCAUGAACAGACGGGAGAAAGAUCUGUCUGCCAAAUGCAUCAUCGAAAUGGAAGGCAACAAAACCUCCAUCACCAACUUAAAAAUUCCAGACGGAGUGACUGGAGACUCUGUAAGAGAGAGAACGAAGACUUUCACAUAUGAUUUCUCUUACGACUCUUCGGACUGUAAGAACGGCAGCUUUGUGUCUCAGGAGAAGGUGUUCAGGGACCUGGGCACUGAUGUGUUAAAGGCAGCGUUUGAAGGAUAUAAUGCCUGCAUCUUUGCUUACGGCCAGACUGGAUCAGGGAAGUCACACACCAUGAUGGGCAUCCCUGGUGACGUCGGGCUGAUCCCACGGAUCUGUGAAGGAUUAUUCAGCCGAAUUUCAGGAAUGACUCGGAGAGAUGAAGCCUCUUUCCGUACAGAGGUCAGCUAUUUGGAGAUUUACAAUGAACGGGUGCGGGACUUGUUAAGGAGAAAGAUGGCAGAGACGUAUAACCUCAGAGUCAGAGAGCAUCCUAAAGAAGGACCCUAUGUAGAAGACCUGUCGAAGCACCUCGUGCAGAACUAUAAUGAUGUGGAGGAGCUGAUGGAGGCGGGAAACAUCAACCGCACGACUGCCAGCACCGGCAUGAACGACACUAGCAGCCGCUCACACGCCAUCUUCACCAUCAACUUCACACAGGCUAAGUUUGACGCUGAGAUGCCGAGUGAGACGCUCAGCAAGAUUCACCUGGUGGACCUAGCAGGAAGUGAGAGGGCCGAUGCCACCGGAGCCACGGGUGUCCGGCUCAAAGAGGGCGGCAAUAUCAACAAAUCACUGGUCACUCUGGGAAAUGUCAUCUCCGCCUUAGCUGAUCUGUCACUGGAAGGAGGGAACAGUCAUUUGAAGAAGAAGCAGGUGUUUGUUCCUUACAGAGACUCUGUGCUCACGUGGCUCCUGAAGGACAGUCUGGGAGGAAACUCAAAGACCAUCAUGAUUGCUACUGUAUCGCCUGCGGACGUCAACUACGGCGAGACGCUGAGCACGCUGCGCUAUGCUAAUCGUGCCAAAAACAUCAUCAACAAACCCACGAUUAAUGAGGAUUCCAACGUUAGACUUAUACGAGAACUGCGGGCGGAGAUCGCUCGGCUGAAAGCACUACUCGUGCAGGGAAAUCAGAUAGCCCUGCUCGAUUCCCCCACAGCGUUAAGUAUGGAGGAGGAACUGCACCAUAAUGAAGCCAGGGUGUUGGAGCUGACCAAGGAAUGGACGAACAAAUGGAACGAAACGCAGAACAUCCUGAAGGAGGAGACUCUGGCUCUGAGGAAGGAGGGAAUCGGAGUGAUCCUGGACUCGGAGUUGCCUCAUCUCAUCGGGAUUGAUGAUGAUCUGCUCAGCACGGGCAUCAUUCUCUAUCACUUAAAGGAGGGAAGGACAUACGUUGGCCGUGAUGAUGCCACUACCGAACAGGACAUCAUUCUUCAUGGUUUGGGUCUGGAGAGUGAGCACUGUCUGAUAGAGAAUCAGAAUGGCACGGUCACUCUUAUUCCUCUGAACGACGCUCAGUGUUCAGUCAAUGGCGUUCAGAUCACUGAGCCCUGCCAGCUCAACCAAGGUGCUGUCAUGCUCCUCGGCAGAACCAAUAUGUUCAGAUUCAAUCAUCCUAAAGAGGCGGCUAAACUUCGGGAGAAGAGAAAGAGCGGCCUCCUCACCAGUCUGAGCCUAUCCAUGUCUGAUCUGUCCAAGUCCUGUGAAAACCUCUCCACAGUCAUGCUGUAUAACCCUGGAAGCCUUCUCUUCCCUCCUCUCUCCAUCCUUCUCUCUCUUCAUGGCCUCCGGCACCAUUGCUGUCUCUUCACUGAAAAGGGUCCCAUCUUUCUCAGACUGGAGUUUGAAAGGCAGCAAAGAGAAGAACUGGAAAAACUGGAAAAUAAAAGGCGGCUGAUAAAGGAGAUGGAGGAGAAGCAGAAGUGUGAGAAGGCGGAGCUUGAGCGCAUGCAGCAGGAGGUGGCGUCUCAGAGGAAGGAGUCUGAGGAGGUGCAGCUGCGCAUCCGCAGACAGGAGGAGAGCCUGCACAGACGCAGUCAGGACAUCGAGGGCCGCCUCCGAGACUUGAUCGCUGAGAAAGAGAGGUUUCAGGAGGAGAGACACCGAGAGCAGAAGGAGCAGGAACAGCAGAAACAGAGGAGACUGCACCCGAAGCAGAAGCUGAAGGAGAAGAAGGAGGAGGUGCAGGAGGAGGAUCUGGAGGAGGACGAAAAGACUCAGGCCCAGCGAGAUCGAGCAGAACAAACCGAGCUCCUUCGGGAACUGGAGCGGCUCAAACGAGAGCGCGUGGAGCAGGCCAUCAAACUCCAGCUGGAGCACAGGCGUCUGGAGGAGCGAGAGAAGGAGCAGCUGAGUCUGGUUGGGCGUCUGGAGGAGCAGCUGAGGGAGCGCAGCGAGGAGGCGGCCGCCCUGCUCACGCCGGAUGAAGCGCGCCGACUGGAGGACGAUAGACGGACGCUCACCGAGCUCAGGGAGGAGCUGCUCAGAGCCAAGGAGGCGCGGAUCGAUGGAGAGGAGGAGGGCGGGGAGGAGGCCCGGAGGAGCGUGCAGGCUCGGUAUGAACACUUCAAACUGAUGCAGGUGGAGGAGCUGAGUUUGCUGGAGGAGUCACUGAUCCAGCAGAAGGACGGACUGGAGCGGGAGGUUACCCAUGAGCGCACGUCUAUCGGCCUGCUGCUGCACACGCACAAGGACAAACAGAGACAGGUCUGUGAUAUGAUGGAGCGCGGCGUUCAGGACGUGUCCUUUCUGGGUCAGGAGGAGGCUCUGAUCCAGCAGGCCGAGCACAGGCUGCAGUUUAAAGAGAGACAGCUCCAGUCUCUCUGUGAGAAACACCUCCCUGCUGUCUCAGAGGAGCGACAGAGAGCCAUUGAGCUACUGGAGAGAGUUAGAGGAGGAACAGGGUCUCCUGGUUUGGACGGAAGUCCAGAAGCUAUGGACAAAGAGCUGGAUGAGACUCUGUAUCAGGUAGAGAAGGAGCUGGAGGAGAAGGAGGAGCGUUUGUCUCAGUACAGCGCGAGCGCAGAACAGCUCCAGCAGCUCCAGCAGUCGUACGAGUUCACGGCAAACGUGGCCCGUCAGGAGGAGAAGGUCCGCAGGAAGGAGAAGGAGAUCCUGGAGUGGAAGGAGAGACAGCAGCGGGAGGCUCUGGAGCAGGCGGUCGCACGCUUGGAGAAGAGACACUCCGCUUACCGCAGGAGCCUCAGUCUGGAGCCGGACGCCGAAGGGCCCCGAAAGAGGUCACAGUCCGCUCUAGGACAGAGCACUUCCAGGCUUACAGGAACACAAGACCUGGACCAGGACAGGAUGGAGCGAGAGAUCGCACAGUUGAAGCAGAGGAUCAGUGAGAGUGAAGGAAGUGUGCGGAGUCUCAGUGUGAGCGGGGAAGAUAAAAACAGUGUGAACCAGUCGCCCGUCAGCCCCAUACAGACCCUCCCGACUGUGCUGUCUAUAGGAGACGAGAGGAUUAACACAUAUAUUGAAGAAGAGGUGCAGCGGAGACUGCAGAAACUGAACCUGAGGAACAGAGAGAAUAACAACACACUGUCACUGUCUUCAGACUCAAUGCAGGAGGAGGAGCAGGAUAGUGAGGGUAGCUCUGUUAGAUUGACGGAUGAGGAGAGCGAUAAAAAACGCAUCGAUCAACGCAAACUGAAAUACGAGCGGCUGGUGUCAGUUCCUCUGGAUCCGAGUCCGGAGAGUCUUAAAGAUCCAGUCAGGAUCAGUAUUCCCCGUUAUGUCCUUUGCGGGCAGGGAAAAGAUGAACACUUUGAGUUCGAAGUCAAGAUCACUGUGUUAGAUGAAACGUGGACAGUGUUCAGAAGAUACAGUCGUUUUCGGGAGAUGCACAAAUCUCUGAAGCUGAAAUAUCCAGAGCUCGCGGUGUUGGACUUCCCUCCCAAAAAGAUUUUUGGAAACCGAGAUGAGCGAAUGGUUGCAGAACGCCGGAAUCAGUUGGAGCAAUACCUGCGGAACUUCUUCCACGUGAUGAUGUCAUCCUCGCCUUCUUCUCCUCUGAGAACAGACGAGUUUGGACUACACCUCUCAAAACACGCCGUGUGCAGCAUCUCUCCUUUCUUUAAGAAGGGAGUGUUUGACUACAGCAGUCACGGGACGGGCUGACACACUCACACACAACAAUUAAACAAUUAAAACACUCAAUAGAUAAAUACAAACUGACUCCCAGAAAGUGAAAGUACAGCCAAAAGAAAAAAAAAUAAGAAAUUGUAUUCAGCAUAAAGAAAAUCAAGCCUGAGAACGUUGCAUUGUGAUAUUGUUUUCAUGACAAGCAUAUUUUUCAUAUGACAUUCUCAUUAUACUAUACACUUUGAGGUUUAACUUAAGGUUGUUGUUUUUUUUCAAGUGUGAUUCCCAUAGUAAUAUAGAUUUUUAUUUUUAAUUCUGUGUUAAAGUUAAAAAUUCUAUUUCUUUUUAAGUAGCAUACAUUUAAAUAACAGUACGACAAGACUGCCAUGGUGUAUGAAUAAUUUACAUUUGAAAUAUAAUAUCAUUAUUAUUGUCAUGAAAAUAAUAUCAUAAUGAAAAAAAAAUAAUCUAAAUUAGGCUUUUUUUUUUUUUUUGAGGUGAAACAUGACCUGGGUUCAUGCAGACACGUGUGCACUCAUUUAGGAAAUCUGAAAAUCGAGCAGGAAAGGUAGAGUUACUUGAAAUGGAAAAAAUGUAUGGUGAAAAAAAGGAUCCAAAGAUUUGUUUGUGCCUUGUUGGCAUUAAUUGAGCUUUAAAUGCUACAAACAUAAACUGACAACAGAUGACGUCUUGUGUUUACAUCGAGGACCGUGAAGCCUGUUUCUGUGCACAGACAGGACGUCCUGUAGCUGCUGCUUGGGUUAGUGAUCGACUCUAAAUCAUGCUCUUGUUGUAGUUGAUGCGGACAGUAUAAUCAAUCUCCUCUACUUUAGUCUGGAUGUAGAUGAUGAAAACAGCAACGUGUUACUGGCUCCAGUCCAUAUCUACUCCAGAUUAAAUGAAUUACAGCAAAUCUGUACUAAUAUCUAUGAUACUCAGGCUAACGUUGAGCAGAUUAUUAUUAUUUUUAUAUAACCACUAAGAUGUCAAAGCUCACAAAAUAGCAUAUGAAGUGUGAGCUUAUGUCUUCCAGCAAAACGACUAAUGCUCCUGGUUCAGAGCUACUGUCUUACUCAACACCCUUGAUGAAGUUUAAGUAGAACAGGCUGUGAUAUGUCCACUGAUAACUAUCCAACACUAUAAAGCCAUAUAAAUGUAUAUGUAAAUGUAAUUUACACUUGAUGUGUACAGAGGAGUUUGUCAUGAACAUCUCAUGAUGUUUGGAGGAAAGGGAUGUACUGCUAUAGUAGCCAUUAAGAUCUUCUUGAUCAUUAGAGCACUUGUUUCCUCUAAAAGAGAACUGACUGAGAGUAAGAUUUAUACAUUUGCUUUUUUUAUUUCUGGAACUGAAUGUAAUAAUUUGUGAGUAACAUGACUUGGUAACUCAGUUUUAGAGAGUAACAUGAAUUGUUUAGCACCGUAUUAAAAUCAUUGGUUAUUUAUGUUGUAAUGAGUACAUUUGUCAAAGAAGCUUUUGCAAAAUUCAGCUUGUUGAUGCAACAUUUCAGUGUAAUCAUGUUCAUGUAAGUAAAGCAGAUCCAGAGUUGAUCUGAAAGAUAAAACAUCUUCCUGUCCUAGG